AUGGAUUAUAGCUCGGUUCUUGUCAUGUUGGCUGAAUUUGUCAAUUACUUGAAGCAACUUCGCGACAAGAUGAUUUCCGAAAUCCCGCAAAUGAUCAAGGAUGGAGUCGAUUUUUAUUCAAAAGAAUUGGGCGAUAAAGAGCAACGAAGCAAGUAUUCGUUUGAUGAACUCGUUCCGAUGCGCAAAAAGCUAAAUUAUUUGCGUGAUUUUUACAAAUUAAAAAUUUACUCGUGGUAUGGGGAAACAUACGAUUUAUGUGUUUUAUAUCCAAUGCUUGUAUCUGUGCUCUACGAAUUUUCGGGCAAGCAAAGUCAGCAAAUUUCAACAAUCAAACGCGACGGUGGUUAUAUGCUCUUGGAUGCGGCUGGGUUGAGCUUUCGCGAUUUCAAAAACUACUCUGCACCAGGAAGUUUGGCCGAUUUGGCGCGAUCAAUGGGGCUCAAUCCCGACGAAUACACCAAGGGUUCAUUUCCAUAUGAAUGGUAUACCCGAGUUGAUCAGCUGGAAGCUGCAAAACGCUUUCCUGCGUAUACGUGCUUUUAUUCGACAAUGGGAAGUGGCGCACUCAACAAGGGCUCAAAAUACGCCGCAAAGAUCAAUCUUAUGAUUCGGCAAAAGUGCGAAGACACAAGUGAAGAUCGUUGGCAACGUGACGAAGCGGUUAUAUGCCAGCUGUCUGACUGGUUGUGCUUGAGAAAUCUUCUUGACGAUCCGGUGCUAAAAGAGUGGUGCGAUAAAAAUAACAGAACUCCACGAUCAAUUGUCGAUGAGCAUGUUAGAUUUUUAGGAAAGAAAUUCAUCUACGACCCAGAGGUUCGAUGCCAUCAAUGCGAUCCAAACGAUCCCGCGGUGCGAGAUUUUUUUCGAUUCAAACCAAAAAAAUACAACGAAAAUAAAGAAUUGUGGGAGCGAAUGGUUGCCGAUUUGGAGAGUAAGAACCCCGGCGACGGUGAAAAAAUGACAAUGAUGAUAUUCCUUAUCAACAACAAUUUCAACGAUGUAAAAUUAUUGACGGGAAGUAUUGACGCUUACGCCGAAAACUAUAAGACAAAAUUUGGUCUUGGAAUUCAUGCGGAUUUGUCAAUAGCGAAGAUGGCCCAGAAAAUUGCGCUGAUGCAAUAUGACUCCGAGCUCCCGCCAAUCUACUCUCCGCCACCAAAGGCGGCGUUUUACUACAAAGAUUGUCGAGCAAAGCUUCAAGGUGGAAUUUGCCAAGUUCUUCAUCGCGCAAUAUAUUUGAAUGAAAGGCACGACGAUCCGCGCAUUCCGAAGGCCGCAACGCAUGCGCCAAAUGGCGAACGGUACGUCUAUUUGGAAGGGCUCGACUUUAAUUCACUUUAUCCAUGGGCUGUAGCUAGAAAUCUCCCCCUUGGCCCUGGCAUACUGUACACUUUAAAUAGUGUUUUUGGUCACGUUAAUAACUCGAGAUUUCAAGCGCCCAUAACAGCGAGCUCUGAUUAUAAAGAUGGCGAAGUUCGUUUUUUCAAUGACGGUCUUUACGCGCAGAAGCAAAACACAUCUUUGGAAUCUAUUCGAUGGCUUGAAUAUUUGAAUUGGAAAACGUACAACGGUAAAAUACAGCACUCGUACAAUGGUGAGGAAAAGAAGAUUGGCAGGCAUCAUGUUGACGGAUACACUGUUUUGGAUGAGUUUAUUAGCGGGACAAAUCGUCUCUAUCAUAUUUACGGCGACGAUGAUGCGAACCCAAUACGAAAAAAAGUUAUUUUCGAAUUUAGAGGCUGCUCUUAUCAUACGUGCCCGCAUUGUAAGCGUAAACCUUGGCGAGGAUGCAAAAAGAAGGUCGCAUCAGUUGGUGGGAAGCCAAUCUACAAGGAAAUCACUCCAGAGCAAUUGCAAGCAGAGGAUGACGCCCGAAUGCACGCCAUUGUUGACACUCUUCGCGAAGAGGCCAUAAUGGCAGGUUACUUGCCCUUUGAAUUGGAUCCAAUUUUUGGCGAGGACAAAGACGAUCUUUUACAGCAAGAAGGUCCUCUUAAUUUUCCUCAUGAGAUUGUCAUUGUUUACGCGUGUCAAUGGCUGAAAAUUUGGACAAAUGCUGAAUUUGCAAAUGAAGCGCCACACUCGCCAACUUAUCCAUUUUUGUAUAAAGGAGCGAAGCCAAAUUUUAGCGGCAUGAUUCCAGGCAAACCUGGUGUGACGGAAGAAGAUUUUUUGGCAGCUUUGCGCGCGAAAAAAUUCUUUGGACUUGCGCUUGUUGAUCUUUCUUCGACGCAAAAAGUUAUAGAUGAAAAUCCGUUUAUUCCGCCCAUCUUUGCAAAAACGGAGCUAACGACUGACACACUCAAUGGUUAUAUGAAGCGCGUUCUUCCGCAAAAAACCGUGGAGCGACUUUAUCCAAGCGAAGAAAAUGUGUUUUGCUACAAUGCAAAGAAUUACAUGGCAACCAGCGAAAUGCUAGAGUUUCUUGAUAACAAAGGCGUCAAGAUUAAAGUUCACUACUUUGUCGAGUACUACAAAGGAGCUCCAUUCAAAAAAUUUGUUGCAAACAUGGUCAAGGAUCGCGUAACCGCUUUGAGCAAGAAAAACGCGGGUCUUCAACUUGUCAUAAAAUUAAUUCUCAAUGCAAUGGUUGGCCGCUUUGCUUUGGCCGUCUACCGCUUUCUUUCUUGCUCAAUUGUCGGCGCCGAUAAAAUGUACGAUGCAAUACGUUCGCCAAUGUUAAAAUCAACAAAACAGCUAAGAGUCGAAGAUGUUGCAUUAGAUCCGCUGCAUGAGAUUGUUCGUCGAAAAAAGAAUGUUACCGAAGAUUUGGCCUUGCCGAUUCAAAUCUUUGUCUAUCAGGAAAGGAGGACCGUGAACGAUGGCCGAGUGGAUAUAGAGCUAAAGCAGAGCCUUGAACCCUCAAUAACCACCACCAACCACCAAACCCCGCCACCAAACCCAACCACCACCAACCAACCACCCGCACCACCAACAACCAAAACUGCCGUCCUCCCUGGCCUGAACCUGGCUGGUGGCCGUGCCGGCCGUACGGCACGGCACGGCUCCAUCCAGGCCUGGCCCGGUCGUCCGGAACCUUGUGCGACUGGGGGUUGGCCGUGCCUUCGGCACGGCAACCCCAGACCCCCGCCGGCCGGUACGGCCGGCAACCAUAGCCCUCGGGGGCUCCGCCCCGGACCCCCGGACCCCGCCAGUCUCAGAGUGUCGAUCCUCCUUCAAAAGAAUUCAAAAUUGUUGUUUAUGCAAUUUGAACAGAUUUUGCGCGAUUAUUUGAUGCCCGGCUCGUACAAGUUUUGUUAUGCUGAUACGGAUUCCUUUAUACUGGCGUUGACAAAAGACAGCGUGCACAAGUGCGUCAAUCCAAAACUCAAAGACAAGUGGGAAAAGGAGAUUCGCCCGGCAUGGUUUGCCGUCGAUGGUGACGAUGCUUCACAAAAGGAGCCCGGGCAAUCUUGGCGUGAAAAUCAACUCGAGUUGGGUGGCGAUUAUUAUAGCCGCUAUGCACAGCUCUGCAACAAGUAUACAAUUUCGCUGUUGAACGAUGCCAAUGUUCAAAACAUUGUCAAGCAGCUUGCGGAAAAUCUAAACGGCCUGUUGCGAAUCUCGGUCGACGCGUGGUACAUUACAAAAAGUAGCAACACAUUUACCGACGAGAGUGGCGAGUCAUAUGUUGACACGCGCUACGAAAUAGUGUACCCGAAUACAUGGGGAAGCCUAAACGAUACAGAAAUACUGCGAAACGAAAAGGACCUGGAUCAAAUGCUUGCCGAGUUGGAGCCGACUGCUUUUGCCGAUAAACUGCUGCAAAAUACGUUUCUCCGUCGAAAUGUUUACAAAGAAAGCAACGUUCGACUUCACCGAAUCCUUGGUUUCCAAAUAAUUGUACUCACUUAUCCUCCCUCUUGGUUGAAUCAAUAA